CGCUAUUUUUAAUUUUUGUGGCAAGCAACAAACAGGUUCGUUCCCCGUUAAUCGGCGGAUUUUCCGUACCGCCAGUACUCAUUCUUCGUUCAAGAUGAACAAAAUUGUUUGUGUUUUCGUGAUGUGCGUCUCUUUGGCCAAAUCACAAAUUAAUUUGGAAUAUAAACCGGUACGGCCCUUUUACCACCCGAAACCUGGCAGUACUUUAGGGCAAAUUGUCCCUCCAGGCAAACCCUGGCCAGAUAACGCCCAAAAUGUCAGCCUGGAGGAUAGGUUUAAAGAAACAACUUCGACAAGUAGUACUCCAGGUUAUUAUAACAAACCUGGGGAUGGUGAACAAACAUUUCAGCCUACACCUAGCACAGGGGUUACUCUAGAUUAUAAACCUAGUCGGCCACCGUUUCAUCCAAACCCUGGUAGUACUUUAGGCCAGGUUGUACCGCCUGGCCAACCUUGGCCCGACAAACCUGACGGUUAUCACAAUUUCAGUCAAUCGAAACCUGGCAUUACUUUAGAAAAUAAAAUGAAAGACACUGUUGCUACAACUGAACAACCUGGCACAACUGUGUUUAGCCUAGAAUAUAAACCUAACCGGCCUCCACACCACCCAAACCCUGGCAGUAUUUUAGGUCAAAUAGUACCGCCUGGGCAACCUUGGCCUGAUAAACCUGAAGGUUAUCAAAAUUUUAGUCAAUUGUCACCCGAACUAAGCACUAGCACAAUUACUCUGGAAAAUAAAAUACAAGAUGCAGCCACUACUAGCAAUAAACCUAGUAUUAGUCUAGAAUACCAACCCAAUCGACCGAGUUUUCACCCAAGCCCUGGCACUGUUUUAGGCCAAAUUAUCCCACCUGGGCAACCUUGGCCCGAUAAGCCUGAAAAUUUUACUCAGUCAUUACCUGAAUCAAGCACUAGCACAAUUAAUUUGGAAAAUAAAAUACAAGAGACCGUUACUACAACCAAUAAACCUAAUACUAGUUUAGAAAAUCAGCCUAAUCGUCCAACUUUUCAACCAAGUCCGGGCACUAUUUUAGGCCAAAUUAUUCCACCUGGGCAACCAUGGCCUGACAGGCUUGAAGGUUAUCAAAAUUUUAGUCAAACGAGACCUACCGGUUUUGUAUGGGAGACCGAGUCUCCAGAUAAUGAAACCACCAAACCUGAACCAGUUCCAGUAACAACUCUAGCACCAAACCAAACUAGAAAUAAUUUUGAAGAGAAAAUCAAGGAUAUAGUAUCGAUAUUUUGGCAACCUGAAGCAAACGUUACUAGCCCAGGUAGUGAACCUAGCAGCCUAGACCAAGAGCAACCUGUAGGCUCAGACAUGGAGAUAACAAAACCUGGACUACCAACUACUACAUCCACUCAAAAACAAGCAAAUAAUUUCGAAGAUACAAUUAAAGAUACAGUUUUUGCAUUAGGAAUGCCUGGUCCACUUAAUCCAGGUGAUAAGGUUUUGUCUGAAAAACCUAGUGAAUUUUCAGAGAACGAAACAGCAAAACCUUCGUCUUCUACAACAAGCCAAGCGAACAGUUUUGAAGAUUCAAUUAAAGUUACGAUUUCCAUAUUAAUCCCAGAAUCCCAGUAUAAAUCUAAUAAAAUUGAAACAACAACAAGAGAAAUAGAACAUAGCCCAGGUACUAAAACUUCAGACCAGGUUUUCUCUGAGAAACCUACUGAAGUUUCAGAUCGCGAAGCAGCAAAACCUAGGCUAGACAUCACUUCGACUUCGACAACAAGGCAAAUGAAUGGUUUUGAAGAUUCAGUUAAAGAUACGGUUUCUAUUUUGACCCCAGAGUGGAAAAUCGCAACAAGCGACAAUAUUUUAACGGAGGGCCACUUGUACACCUCUGCUCCAUUAAUCGAACCGAAGAGUACGACAGUCGUACCACCGAAAAAAAAGCUAUCAAUCAAUCAUCAACGUUCCAAACCUCGUCGAGGUUACAUGAAGGCUACAGUCCCCGUUGAAUCACCCUUUGUCUUCGUACCCCUUGACUGGCUACCGCCCGCUCCCUCAUUUUUUUCAUUUAAAUGAAAGAUUUUUGUAAUUUUUUCCUUAAUAAAUUGAUUGAGCUAUCAA